AUGGCUUAUAAAGGAAAACGAUCAAAUAAAAAAUUCAAUCCAAAAUUCAAUAAAUCAAUUCACAACAAUCACAAUCAACAAGAAUCAGAACUUGAAAGAGAGAAAAGAGAAAAAAAAGAAUAUAAUCAAAAAUAUGCAGAAGAAGAAAUUAUAAAAACAGGUAUGAUAUUUUCAGGAAAUAUAAAUUCAGGAGAUAUAAUUUAUGUUGAAAAAAUCGCUGAACAAUUAAUCAAUGCUUUUUACCAGCAUUAUAUGGAAUAUAAAAAUUUAACUCCAGUUGAUUUAUUAAAUAUUUGUGAAAGUUUUUUCAUUGGAGAUGCAUUAAUAUGGGCUCGAUUCGAUUUUUUCGCCAAAUUUGAUGUUCAUGAUUAUUGUCUCAAAGUUGUUGAUGCGAAAUAUUUUGGUAAAGAACCUGAUUUUAGUGAAGUCGAUAUUGAAGCAUAUAAAGCAUAUAGCCCUAAGAUACUUAUUAAGGAAUUCUUAGAAAGAUUUAAACCAAGACAUCACGCUUGUUUAGUAAUUGACAAAAUUAGAGAAAUUAAACAAGGAUCAUUGAACCUUGAUAGAUUCAGAUUAACAUUCUUUGAUCAUGUUUCACUUAUAAGCAAUGAGGAUUUGGAGCAAGAAUGGGUUCGAGAGAUGCUUGUGGAUGUAUUUCAGGAAAAUUUAAACUUCGAACAUCAAUACAUAGCAUCAACUUUUAAGAGUUUAGAAGAUAUCAAACAUAAAUACAAAACUAGGUAA